ACACAAGACUAAAAUGCACAUUGCCACGUUUGAUUGUCAUAAGGAUUUGUUGGGGUAGAGAUCAUGCAGAGACAAUCGACAGUGGUGGUGUUAAUGAUGGUUUUGGGUGUGGUUCAUGGUUCUGAAUUAGAGGGUGAAGACGAGUGCAAGCGCUAUUCCCUGGAGGAGCUCAAGGCAUCAGUGUUUGAUCCACAUUUUAACUAUGAAAUUGAUCUCAUUUUGGACAGCUUUGAUACCAUUGCGUCUGGUGUGGACGAGCUAGUUACUGGCUUGAAAGAUGGGCCCAGUGCCCUUAACCCGGACGAGGUUCGUAUUGCUAUGGCCUUGAUGAAGCAGGAGUUGAACUCGUUGGUGGUCAAUGCUAGAUCCAAUGUUCAAAAGAUGUGGAAUGUGGCGUUGAGUCCCAACGAAGAUGGCACGCCCUCAUCGCUUCGUGACUUAAGGUUAAAGUUUCAGCACAUUCAUCAAGAGCUUCACGCCAUACACAAUGCCGUUGUCGUUCCGUUUGAAGAAUUGGUCCAGACCUCGAAAAUGCUCUUGGAUCCCAUGGUCACAAUGAUCAAAAUGUUUCUGCAAAAAGCAGCCGCAGAGGGAGAGGCUGCCAAGGAAAAAGUAUUCGAAUCCAUCAAGGAGAAAGACAAGUUUAUUGGUUUGGUUAUCGCCGAGCUCGUCAAGUCUGACAUCAACGAUGAGCCUAUCUUGAUCACGGAUAUGGUGGCCCAUAUCAAUUUCAUUUGGAGCGAGUUCACCGCCAAAUUCUAUGAGUAUGGCCUCCGGAACAAAGAGCCCAUCACUAAUGACGAGUUCUGGCUCAAAGUUCUCCCAGAGAUGUGGAGUCAGCGCUCAAAUUUGGAAUGCGAAGAGGAUAUGGAUCCCCAAGAAUGCAAGAAAUUGCAAAUGUUGAACAUUGCUGCGAGUGUGUUUUACAACACGGAAAUUGAUGGACCUUCAUGGUUCGAGCAUUUGCGAGAAGUUAUCAAAAAAGACAAAGCGAAGCAAUAAAAAAGUCGGAUUGUUUUGAGUUCA